CCAUGCAGCAAUUACAGUCAAAGAUAUCGACAACCUUAAAGAUGGUUACCGCUGUCGAACAAGAAAAAGACAGUUUAAAGCUUAGUAAGUUGUUUAAUUUCCGGGGUAAAUCGGAUAAGAAAUCGAGGGGUUCGAAGAGUACGGGCGUCAACAAAGGUGGUGGCGGUGGUGGGUCGGAAGAGGCAGCGGAGGAUGAAGGUGUGGCAGAUGAAAACCAGGGAUCAGAGCAACCGGAUGAUCCACCGUCAUCGGAACAAGACGAAAUCGAGGCGAGGCAGGCCAUGGAGAGUUUGAUUGCCGAAUGCGAAGCCAGAGAAAAACAGCUAUUAACCGAUAUGGAUCUGAUGAAGGAAAAGUUCGCUAAAUUGCUCCUGGGGGAGGAUAUGUCAGGCGGAGGGAAGGGUGUUUCAUCAGCUUUAGCACUGUCGAAUGCCAUCACGAACCUUGCCGCCUCUGUGUUCGGUGAACAAUCGCGCUUGGAGCCGAUGACGGCUGAGAGGAGAGCAAGGUGGAGAAAAGAGAUCGAUUGGCUCUUGUCUGUAAGUGAUUGCAUUGUUGAACUUGUUCCCUCUCAACAGAAGAACAAGGAUGGAUCAAACAUGGAGAUUAUGACCACUAAGCAACGAACAGAUCUUCUGAUGAACAUUCCUGCCCUUAGGACACUUGAUUCAAUGCUUCUUGAUUGUCUAGAGUCUUUCAAAGGCCAAAAUGAAUUCUAUUACCUGUCAAAAGAUGCCUCAAAUGAAGAGAAAGGGAACAGCAAAAGAAUUGAUGAUAAAUGGUGGCUGCCUACCGUUAAAGUUCCCGAAAACGGCUUGUCCGAUGCGGCGAGAAAAAACCUGCAGAGCCAGAAGGAAUCGGUGACGCAAGUGCUCAAAGCGGCAAUGUCGAUCAAUGCUCAAGUUCUGAUGGAGAUGGGGAUCCCUGAAAACUACAUCGACUCCCUCCCGAAGAACGGGAGAGCUAGUCUUGGUGAUUCAAUCUAUAGGAGUAUCACAGUAGAACUCUUUGACCCUAAUCAAUUUCUGUCGACCAUGGACUUAUCAUCAGAGCUCAAGAUAUUAGACCUCAAGAAUAGAAUAGAGGCAUCUGUUGUGAUAUGGAAGAGAAAGAUGGUCCAGAAGGACGGUAAAUUGGCUUGGGGCUCCGGCGUUAGCUACGAAAAGCGAGAACUCUUUGAAGAGAGAGCCGAGACUAUCUUGUGCAUUCUCAAACACCAGUACCCCGGAAUUCCUCAAUCUGCAUUAGACAUCAGCAAAAUCCAGUACAACCGGGAUGUCGGACAAGCUCUCCUAGAGAGCUAUUCAAGGAUACUAGAAAGCUUGGCCUUUACAGUCUUGUCCAGGAUAGGAGAUGUCCUCUAUGCUGAUUCUAUUGCUCGAAAUCCGAAUCAACCAACAUCCAAUAACCUGCCGAAUUCGGCAAAUACGAGGUCUGGAAACGACGAGGAGAAAGGGAACUUGAUGACCCUCUCAGACUUACUUACAUGGAGUGCGGAACAACUCGAGAUUGACGAGGAAGACAAAGAAUCCAACGAAGAGCCAUCCAAAGAGAUUGAUGAAAAGCAGGUGCAAAAGCUACAUGUAGUGACUUCCAAGAAGUCAUAUCUUGAAAGCUUGGGUGGAGUAGGAAGCCCACAAGAACGCCACUAA